AUGACAGCACUCAUUGCGUCGGAUGGAAGCAAACUUACCAUUGCUAUGGAUGAAUAUUACGACUACAAGAUUAGCCCUUAUGAUUUUGAUCCCCCACAAUGUUUUCCCAGAAUCACCAACUUGGGCAAUCGGAUUUCAGAAGGUCUCAGUGGCCCAUCAGGGUGUCGUGCUCUACGGGGUGUCAUGUUGGUGAUCUUGUGUCUCCACUGGAGCUACCCCCUCACCAAUGACGACCAAAGUGGAUUGCGAUGA